AUGGCUAACUUAUCUGAAGAAUCAAAGGAAAGAAUUGUCAAACUCUUGGACACUUCUAAGACCAUUGCUCACUACUGCUGGAUUCCAUUUGUCAUCUACUUGGGCUGGAAAAACACUGAUGCCAAGCCAAACUUGAUUAACCUCUUAUCUCCUUUCCCAGCCAUGUAA